GACAGAGUUGUUUUGUCGAGUGUUCUGGUUGACUGGCUGCUAGCUGGCCGGCCAACCGCCAGCGUUUCUGCUGUAUGCGAGAAUCAAGCCCGCCAGGCCAAUUGGCGAAAACUAUCUUAGUGGACUAAACGGAUCCAGAAGGAUCUACGGAGACACGGCCGAGUACGCAGUUUUAUGGCCGAUCUGAAGGUGCGGAUAGCAGGGCGCUCUCUCUCUGCGUCCAGCUCGGACAGAGAAGGAAACAUCUAUCCGAAAAGAAAGAGAUCUGUCGACAUCAUGCGGAAAGUGGAAGGACCCUCGAAAACAGCAGUUUACUGAGUGUGCCCGUCGUCCCUUGAGUGAUUCCGUCUUCAUCUUCGCUAGUGAUUGCCAGUCUCGAUUGUAUGGGAGGCCCGCUAGAGAAUCACUUGGCCUCGGCGACAUUCUCGCCGGCUAGGGUCAGAGAAUUAACGCACUGUCAAUGGCUUUCUUGAUCUAUAACGGCGCUUGCUUAAGCGACACUGUGGGCUGAUGAUCCUCGAAUCGGCGCCUAGCCAAUUUGGUGAUGCGUUACGUGGCGUACCGUGCGACUGUAAAAAUUAAACGGUGAUUGGAGACGGGAAAGCGUGCAAUCUAAUUAUCUAGAUCUUUCUAUAUGGUUAGUAAGGUACCGAUAGAAGCAUGAAAGAGCAUUAGAACUACUAGAACGUAUUGGAAAGUAUCAGAGUUGAAUCUACUUGUAGUGUGUAUUUUUUGUUCAUACACAACAAGGUGUAUUGCCGGUGAAUGGAAAGGGAACUCCCACCAUAAGGUAGCUAAUUACAAUAACCUAUGAGCCGAAGCGGCCACUCCGCCAUAAAAAAAACUCUAUUUAAAGCCGGGCAUCUAUUCGCUGGAACGAAUGAGCUAUUGGCAUCAUUAGUAAAUGUGAACAUAGAAUGUUGUAGUAAUAUAAGUUAGCAGAGUAUGCCUCCUGCGUCGUGGUCCGCGAAGUUUAUAAGUUAUUGUCCCGUAAACAAAUUUCGGGGAACGAAAGCUUCAGUGGAACAGUGAACGUCAAUUGAAGUUUAACACCAUGAUCAGAGAUUCGUGUAGUCGCUGCGUCCAGGUUUAAUGGCAGCACUGAACCCGAAAGAAUUCUGCAGAAAUCAAAUAAAAGAGUCCCUAUCAGGAUGAUCCUAUUCUGUCGCUAACCCUCCUCUGGGGGUCCCACAGGGCGAGGCCUUUCCUUGUUAUUUCGAGGUAAAAGCGUCCGAGUAUUACCGUCACGAUGAGUAUUUGGCAGCCGUUGCUGAUUGCCCCAGAUUUAUCUAAACGGGGUGUGGGUAAACUACGGCGAUCGCAGGCGGCGAACCUGUUCAGUCUCAUGAUCGGGUGCCUCCUUGGCUUUCUGGUCACAUCACAGUUCCUCCUUUGGAUCAGAUAUAAUAGCAGUUGUGAUAACGGUCUAUGGGAAGUGGCUCGUAGGACGUCCAGGAGACUAGCUCAGAAACUGGUUAGCGCGGAUAUCAUCGGUGAGAGUGGCCUAUUAUUUACAGGUGUGAUGACCGCACAAAGAUAUAUUGAUUCCCGAGCAGUGGCCAUUUACGAUACGUGGGGUCAAGGAGCUCCCGGGGGACUCCUCUUCUUUUCAUCUGAUGGAACUACAUCAAAACAUGGCUUACCAUUAGUGGCACUAAGAUCGGUGGAUGAUUCCUAUCCUCCGCAGAAGAAAUCAUUCAUGAUGCUUAAAUAUAUGUACGAUAAUCUGCUCGACAAAUACGAUUGGUUUAUGCGCUGUGAUGAUGACGUGUACGUGCAUACGGAAAGAUUAGAGCUGUUCUUGAGAUCAAUUAACUCCACGAAGGCGCAUUUUUUAGGUCAGGCGGGACUGGGUAAUAAGGCCGAACACGGUCAACUAAAUCUUGGUCCAAAUCAAAACUUCUGCAUGGGUGGACCCGGGAUGAUUAUGAGCAGGAAGACGCUCUCGCUUAUAGGACCACAUAUCAAGUAUUGUCUUGAACAUCUGUAUUCAACACACGAAGACGUCGAAGUGGGGCGAUGCGUCCACAAGUUCGCAGGUAUUCCAUGCACAUGGUCAUAUGAGAUGCAGUCAAUAUUCCACAACAACUUUGGAGGCGAAAUAGAGGCCGAAGCUCUAAGCAAGAAUGUACUCCAGAAAGUCAUCACAUUGCAUCCAAUCAAACGACCCCGGCAAAUGUACCUCAUGCAUCGAGUAUUUUUAAGGUUGAAGAGCGCAGAACUUAGACAUCAGCUCAUUGAACUCGAGAGAGAUGCCAGGCAAAUGCUUUAUUAUCAAGGAGACCACUGCCAAUUACUGGACGGCGAUGAGUGCCCUUCGUUUGAUCGAUCCGUACUUCAGCAUCCACUAAAACAGUUCAAACCUGUUUCUCUUCAUGACAUUCAGACAUGGGACUUCUUCUCGAAAAAUCUAUACAGUCCAGCAAGUUCCAACCCUCGAAGACGAAUUGAAGAGUUUAAUGAGAUUGCCAUCAAUGAGGUGAUAUCGGAUCUAAUGGCAAUGAUAAAUCGAUAUUCUAAACAGAGAGGACGCGUCAUUGAUUAUCGGGACGUCGUAUAUGGAUACAUGAGGUAUACCCCGACGCAAGGCAUGGACUUUGUCCUCGAUUUGUUGUUAAGCUAUCGAAAAUUUCGGGGCAGAAGAAUGAGUAUACCUGUUCGUAGACACGCCUACCUUCGGCGGAGUUUUGCUAGCCCUCUCGUGCGGCUUGUCGAAGAAAACGACCUUAAAAAGGUGCACUUUAUCGUGCCGCUGGCUGGCCGCUCCGAGGCGUUCAAGCGAUUUCUGCAAACGUACGAAGCGAACUGCGUCCUCCAGAAACAUUUUACGGCAUUAGCUGUAGUGUACUUCCAAAAUUCGGACGCUAGACCUGCUGAUGAGGAAGACCCAAAACUUCUUCUUGAAGCUUUUAGAAUUAAGUACAAAAAUCACGAUGUGCGCCUUGUCGAGGCCAGCGGCCAGUUCUCCCGUGCACAGGCGUUGGAAAUUGGCGCUAAAUUGUUUUCGCUGGAUGCUCUCCUGUUUUUCGUGGACGUCGAUAUGAUUUUCGACGACGGCCUGGUGCGCCGUAUUGCCUGGAAUACACAACAAGGCCGGAGCGUCUAUUUUCCGAUUGUGUUCAGUCAAUAUGACCCUGCACAGAUCGCCGGUUCCGAGAAAAUCGUUCCAACGAUAUCGUUUAGCAAAAAAUUCCCGAUUUAUGAUAAUGCUAGUAAUAAAAAUAGCGAAACUCGAAGUUUUGUUGCUUCAGGUCAAACAGAAUCGGCAAACAACGCGGUUGGACAACAGACGCUACGUGCUUCAUUAAACAACUCCUCUACAUUGACGUCUGAUGGGAUUAGACUAGAGUCACCGUUAGAGCUAGCCGCCUCGGCUGCCAAACGAGCGGUCACCGAUGAUCGACACGGAUAUUGGCGUCAUUUUGGUUUCGGCAUCGUCGGCAUCUACCACUCGGACCUAAUGCUCGUUGGAGGUCUUGACACAACGAUUGAGGGUUGGGGUAAAGAGGAUGUAGAGCUGUUUGACAAGAUUGUCGCUUCAAACUUGACCGUAUUCCGAGCGCCUGACCCCGGACUUAUCCACGUAUUUCAUCCGAUUCAUUGUGCGCUUUCACUGUCAAAAGAACAGGCCGAAAUGUGUCGCGGAACCAAACUUGCCUCAACUGCUUCCUGGGAUGACCUUGGCGCUCGGGUGGAAAGACAGUUUCCUGAUUUGCUCAGCGAUUGAAUUGGGAAAUGUAUGAUUACCGCUACUGUGCCUUAAGUUUAGUCAGACCCUUGCGCUAGUGCUUUUUCCUUUAGUAGAUUUGGAUAACAUUGAAAUCACAUUUAGCUUACUUAAGGUUGAGGGAAUGUGGAAACGUACGACUUACAAUGUUUUUUUUGACUGUGUUGUACAUUGAGCCUGUAGAUAAAAACAAAAAACGGUAGAAGGUUUGUUUGAAACGGGUACAGCGGUAGUCAUAUCUUUUUCGUGUAAAAAGCAUAGUUACUUAAUCAUCAUAAUCAUCAUCAUCAUCAUCAUGUCGUCGUCAUUGUUCGGUAACAAAUAUAGAAUUGUGCUAAAAAUUGAAUUUUGAAGCUAGAGCUGUCAGCGGUUCCAUAGGUACCCGCCGAUAGCGCAGUCCGUAUAAUAGUGCAGUCACCAGGAGGUGUCUCAAAACGUUCUCACUAUGCCUCGACUUCCACGAGAUCUGUCACGCUACAAUAAUGAUUCAAGAAAUAUGAUGAUUUGAGUGCGCCAGUGUAAGGUGAAUAUAGGCUGAGGCGACCGGAUGGCUAUUGGAAACAAAUCAAUACCGUACUUCCAUACUUGUGGGUAUAGCGUUAUUAUUAAAUUCAAUUGAAUACCGUUUAGUUGUUUCAUAUAAAAAAAAACAAACAGUUGCGAACUGGUCAGUCAAAUUGCUUUGUGCUCACAUUGCAAACACUAGUACCGCAUUUAUCUAUUAUUUUAUCUAGCAAUAUUUUUAAUUAUAUAUCAUAUUAGCUUUUAUGAGCGAGUGAGAAAUGUAAAUAACCACCUAAUGAAUAUACCUAUACCUUUUUUGUGGCCUGCUAUAAUUUUCUUACGUGAUUAUGAAUUAAUGUGUAUGUAAAUACAUUAUGCUUGCUCUGACAGGGUACGUAAGUCUAUCAAGCGAUGUGUGUCGCUAAAUAAAAUGAUUCGAAAAAUAAAUCAAAACGAGAUAAUACACUGGUUUCAAAGCAGGCGUCUCAUUGUCGCGUAUGAUAGAUACUUAUAUUGUUGUUGCGGCCUGGACAAUAAUUUGUGGUUCAAAUGAAGGAAGCCAGUGGCUAUAUUACUCGUGUUCUUCGUUGUCACACAGGCCACUCUAACUGCUCACUGCGAACGCCAUCGGCUUCAAAUGACUGACAUUGCAUUGUUGACAAAUGAUUCUUCUUCAUUAAACAGAUCUCCACAGAUCAUGGGACCAUAACUAAUACGGUUCAGCUUUCAAUGGACAGUUGUGUCACUCGUUGUCCCGCAAGCGUUCGGAACCACUGUUUGCCUGAUAGAAACGGUACAGACGUCAACACAGUGCUAUACGUGCAUGCCCGACUAAAUACACGCUGUGAUAGUGGCAAGCCAAGCGCGUUGGCGAACUCGACCUUCCGGAUACGAAGCUGCGUGUCCGAAUGAUAACGUAGCGGUGACGUUAAAUCUUCGGACACUCGAUGAAGGGUGGUCUAGGUUCGACCCUGAGUGUAGACACACAUCGUUUCGCUGCUUCAGCCGGCCGUCUAAAGCAACGCUAAGAUAGGGUCGGAUGUGUGCAUACUAUAGAUAAAAAGUUAGAUAAAAAUAAAUUAUUUUUUAAUGACUUGUAAUUGUGGUCGUAUUACAGCAGGCGCGUAAAAUACCAUAGACAAAACGUUCUAACGUAUCUGUCGAAGAAACAAGGCAUACAAAGCUUUGCUUGUGCUUUUCCGCCGCUUGCCAACCUAUUAGAGUUUCACAUGAACAAACGCCAGCUUGAUCUGGCGUUACACAUCAUCCAAUACGGAACACAGGCUUCUAAGGAUGACAACGGCAGCAAUAAAUACUAAUCACUACAAUAUAGACAUUUCAAACUAAUUUACUCUACGCUAAUUAGCAUCAACGGUGUAUAGCGCCUUCACGACGUGGCCUGCACGAGUGGCCGGAACAGUAAAAAGGAUACUAAAAACGGGAACGUCUUCAUAAGGAAU